CAUUGCUAGACACAAAUUUUAUGUAACAUUUUCAUAAAUAUCUACACAACUUCUCAUGCGAAGAUGUAAACAAAAGCUGAUAUUGCGUGAGAUAGAAGGUGAUGAUGAAGAUACCCUUUGUGGUGUUGUAUACAGUGUUUAAAGUUUUCUGAAACUACAACCUGUUUGACAAUAACAUAGUGUUACCGUCACCCCUGACCUGUGAACUUUACCCUCCAGAUAUGGAGUUGGCAACUCACACACCCAGCAAGAAAAGAAAGGGUUCUGAGUCGAUGUUUAACGACUUUGAAGAGGAAGAUGAAUCUGUUGACUCUGGUGAUGUACGUUUUUCAAGACAAAAUCACAGUGAAAUUGAAAAGAGGAGACGAGAUAAAAUGAAUGCCUACAUUACAGAGUUAUCUUCCUUGCUUCCUAUGUGUAAUGCUAUGAAUCGUAAAUUAGACAAAUUAACUGUACUUAGAAUGGCCGUCCAACAUCUGAAAUCACUCAGAGGUGCUACAACAACUAUAACUGAAGCUAGUCAGAGACCAUCAUUUUUAUCAGAAGAUGUCCUUAAAAGUCUUAUAUUAGAUGUAGCUGAGGGUUUUUUAUUUGUUGUCAGCUGUGAUAGAGCAAGGAUUUUAUAUGUGUCAGAGUCAGUCGGUGAAUUUUUAAAUUACUCAAGGAAUGAUUUAAUUGGACAGAGUUUGUUUGAUUAUUUACAUCCAAGAGAUAUGAAUAAAGUAAAGGAACAGUUGUCUUCAUCUGAUAUGUCACCGCGGGAACGGUUUAUUGAUUCACGGACAAUGAUGCCUGUGAAAACAGAAUUAUUACAACGACCUACUCAUUUAUGUUCUGGUGCUAGACGAUCAUUUUUCUGUCGCAUGAAAACUGGUAAUAAACUUGAUAUGUGUUCACAGUUAAAAUUAGAGAAGGAUGAACCUGAUAUGGUGACGAGAAAGAAAAAAUCAGUUUCAGAUAGGAAAUCAUUCACUGUGAUACAUUGUACAGGAUAUUUAAAAUCUUGGCCCACAUCAAAAAUGGACCUUAAUGAACAGGAUGAAACAGACGACUGUAGUUUAAGUUGUCUUGUUGCAGUGGGCAGGGUUAAAACGGGUUCUAGACAACAACAAAUUGUGAAAGACAAUGAAAGUAUAGAUGUCCGACCAGUUAAAUAUGUAUCGCGGCAUGGCUUAGACGGCAAAUUUACUUAUAUAGAUCAGGGAGCAACAGAAUUAAUUGGUUAUUUACAACAGGAAGUGCUAGGUACAUCUGUGUAUGAAUAUUAUCACCAAGAUGACAUGGCUGACAUGGCAGAGGUUCACAGACAAGUUUUGAAAACCAAAGAGAAAACUACAACGAAUGUAUAUAGAUUUAAAGCUAAGAAUGGUUCUUUUCUACAUCUACGAUCUGAAAUGUUUAGUUUUGUAAAUCCUUGGACUAAAGAUGUAGAAUACAUUGUUAGUACAAACACGAUUAUUCCUCAGCAAGAAGUUAGCAGUUCAGGACAGGCAGCAGAUGCAGGUGGUGUUACCUUGGAAACGUUCAAUGAUGCAUGGGAGGAAAGUGACUCUUGUCUUGAAAGCCUCGAGAGGAAAGAAAAGAAGAAAAGUUCUUUACCUGCUAGUGUUAGGUUAGCUCCUGCAAGAAUAGGUCGACAGAUUGCGGAAGAAAUCAUUGAUAUGCAAAGAAUUCCAAAUUCGCCUCUAGCAGAUAGUACCAAUAAUGCCACUCAAUCAUCAGUCCCAGAAAUGCCCAAAGCCAGGAGUUCCUUAGCUUCACCAAGUAAUGGAAGAACUAGUCCACGAGUUCCUAGGAAUGGUCUCACACAUCACCCUGACACAGCAUCAUCUACAGCGGUACCAAAUGCACAAGAAACAAAUCUUUUAGAGAAUGUGAUUGCUGAACAACAAGUCUUUGAGGAUCUCAAUAUAUCUGGGAAUGAUGGCAAUGAUGAAGCAGCCAUGUCUAUAAUCAUGAGUUUGUUAGAAGCAGAUGCAGGUCUCGGUGGACCUAUAGACUUCAGUGAUCUACCAUGGCCAUUGUGAUAUUGGCUUGUGUUAUUAUUACUGACAGAGACAGUUGUGCCUUACAAUACAUACAUAAUGAAUGAACGCAGUCACAGAAAGUUGUGAUUUUGUUAUCAGCCUGAACUUUUUGUUGAAAUUAGUUGAACACUGGAGGCCUAUGCAGCUGGACUGCAUAUAUAAACAUAAACAAAUAGAGAAAUAUUUAUAUAUAUGAAGUGGUGCAUCAUAGUUUGUUCCAAAGAGAAUUUCAGGUUCAUUGUAUUUCGCUUGCAGCAAUUUUUGAUUUUCAGACAAUGUAUUUAUCAAGUUGUGUAGCAUAUCAUCCUGCAAAGAGCAAGAAUAUCAAUGUUUUCAUCAUAAUUCAUCUCAUAUAAACCUUUGCAAAAUAAAAUUUAUCUGCAAUCCCUCAAGAGGAAAGUUUUUUUUUAAUUGUUUAUUUAAGAAUUGUUUUUUUUUAAUAUUUAAAGCUUUUUACAAGUGUCAAUAUCUUUAAUUUGACUGUCCUUUAUAAUUGAAUUAAAGGUGUGUUUUCCUUUCCAGAUUUAGACUUACAUUCAAAACUUUCUAUAAUGUCAAUUAUUAGGGAUUCAUUAGGUGCCAAAUUUCAUUGAUAAAGGAACACUUGUAUUUACAUGAGUAAUUGUGUUCAUGCUUUUAAGAAAAUCUGCAUCCUCCAGGUCUAUAAGAAAUUUGCCUUUUGUUCAACAUUUGAAUUUCAUUUCUGCCCACAUUAUCCAGGAAAAUUAGUAUCUCACAAAUACUUUCAAAUCCACAGUAACAGCUACAGAUAUUUUAAAUGUAAAAUAUCUACUCAAAACUUCUAUGAAGUGAAUCAUCUGCUGGACAGAUAGUGAUACUUCUUUGAGGUUCAGUAUAAUUCAUACUAGAGAAUCACCUUUUGACCUUGAAUAUUACAAAUGGUGUCAUUUACAUAAAUACAGACAUUGGACAGAAGUCUUUGCACUUCAGUGCAGACAUUUUGUAUGGUAAAUCUGGUUUAAAAUCAACAAUCAUUAAUCACAAUGUUAAAAGGAAAAGUAGAAAUAAAUUUGAAAAUACUUGAAUGAGAAAAAAUCAUGUUAGGAGGGCCAUUGUCAUCAUUGAUAAGAUAGUUAUUGUCAAUUAAAAGUCUUAAACCAACCUUUUUACAAGGAAUGAAUUUUAUUUAGCCGAUUGUGUCAAACAAAGUACUAAAGAAAGACUGAUUAAUAUUUGUCUGAGUUUAAUUUACACAGGGGCAUAAUUCAAUGAUACAGCAACAAAACAACCCAAUAAAACCAGAAAAUACACCCAAAAGAAGACCUGCUUUUGUCCAAUGUCAGUAAAUAUUAAAUGCAGGUAAGACAAACAAUUACAUUAAAAAUGAUUUUCUUAAUCAAUGUGCUGCUUCAGAAGCUUAAACUUUCAGACUACUGAUGGGCUAAAGACCUUUUUAAGCUACAGAUUUAUUCAUUCACACAGAACAACUAAAAUAUGAAUUUUAGCUCUUUGUAGCAGAAAGUUUAUGAUCGAUGUAAUGCAAAUAUGAAUGACACAAUUUAUGUAAAGAAAAACUGACGAAAGUUAUCUCCCAUUGAUAUAUGUAUCAAACAUAAAAAAAAAAAUUAGUCAUGUAACUCAAACAUCUUGGAAC